AUGUCUGGAUUCGAAAUUGCAGGGCUCAUCCUAUCUGGUCUUGGAAUUGUUGUAACUCCUGUCGUAAAGGCUUUAUUUGAUAAGUUCCUGAGUAACGCAGCUGAACAGAACCGAAGUAUUGAGAUUUCAAUAAGUGUGGAAGCGUUUUCAAUAAGUGUAGAGGCGCUCUUCUCGUCAAAAGAAAAAGCUGAGCGUAAGAUUGAUAAAUUGAAAUAUGAAGAAGUGAAAGAUGAGUUACGGCUUUUACAUCUUCAAAAAGCAAUUUCUAAUGCAGAAGACAUGUUGGACGAAAUUGCAAUUGGUUUCCUCAAUUAUCGAGUAACCCAUCAGAAAGCAACACUCGAUCAGGUAUUUAACCCUCUCUCCUUAGCUGAUUGUAUAACCAAAGCUGGAAUGAAUAUACAAACCAUAAUCAGUAAUACCUUUGAUGAUAACGGAACCAGUAAUCAUCAUGAUCAACAGAACAGUGGUGGUAAUGGGGUUUUCGAAGAACACUGGACAAGAUAUAGAAACCUCCCAAUUCAUUUGAAAAAAUGUUUUAAGCUUUUGUUGAUAUAUCCCCAGAAUCAUGUAUUUGAGAGGGAUGACUUAGUCCACUUAUGGAUGGCUCUAGGUUUUAUUCAGGUAAAAGAGAGUGAAACAUUGGAAGAUAUAGGGAGAAGUUAUUUUGCUGAGAACCUCAAAUCUUUUUUUUCAUCAAAUGGUUGUAGUAGACAUCGAUAUCAAUUAGCAGAUGUUACAAUCCAUGAGCUUGCAAAAUUUGCUUCUCGUGGAGAAUGGAAGCGAUUAGAUCAUCAGGAUGGCUUACGGGAUUCUCUCCUCCAUUUAUUAUCAAUAGAAUGUAAACUUUUUUGGGAUACAUUUGAUGAUCUUGCUGUUGCUUUCACCAAAAAAAAAAAAAAAGAUACUGCUGAUCAUCCUGCUGCUGCUGAUGUUAGAUGUGAAAAAUUGCGAACAAUUAUACACAUCAAAAUCAACGAAGGAAACAAUUAUCCAGCGACCGAUGUUUCACAACCUGCAACAGCGGGGAAGCAACAAAUUGGUGAUUUCGCAACCCGCCAUAGCUUCCUCCGUCUCAACAGUAGACGCUCCUCCAUUUUACCAGGAUUUACAUCCUACUCCAAUGAACUUGGACUUUUCAAAAGCUUACGCGUGUUGGAUAUAAGCUGUGGUUGUUGCAUCAUUCAAGUUCCAGUAUCUAUUGGUGGAUUGAAGCACCUCCGAUGCCUUAAUCUCUCCAACUCUAAAAUUGUACAGUUGCCCAAGACAAUUUGUAAACUUCAUUGUUUACUGAUACUGAAACUCAAUGGUUGUUCACAGCUUAAGAAGUUACCUGGCUUGGCUGGUCUUAUUUGCUUGCUACAUCUUUGUCUAGACAAAAAGCACUAUUUAGAAUCUUUACCACAAGGAAUUGAGCAAUUAACCAACCUUGAGACAUUUUCUUGCCCAUUUGUCUUAGGAAAAAAACCUGAAAAAAAUAUUUGUGUGUUGAAGAAGAUGAAGAACCUCAGAGGAUCACUUUGCAUUGCAAAUCUUGAAAAUGUCUCGACCUUUGAAGAGGCUAGGGAAGCUGCACUAGAUGCUAAACCGGGUCUUACUGAAUUGAAGUUGGAGUGGAGUAAGGAUGCCCCCAAAAAAUAUAGAUUUAAUGAGGUUCUUGAAGGCCUCAAACCAGCACAGGGUAAUCUGAAGAAGUUGAAAAUAUCAGGUUAUGGGGGUCAGAUUUUCCCACACUGGGUCACCAGUGAUUCGUUUGAAAAACUUGAGAAAGUUUCUUUGAGCAAAUGCAAAGGAUGCAAUUGCCUUCCACCCCUUUGGAAUCUUCCAAAUCUCAAGCUACUUACUAUAAGUGGCAUCGAUCAAAUAGAGUUGAACAUUAGAGACUUCUUUUUUGGAAGUGGAAGUAGUGCUCCAGAUGGGUUUUCAUUACUUGAGAUACUUAAGUUCAAGGAUUGUAGCAACCUUCAGAAAUUUAAUGAGCUUCAAAUGUUCAACUGCUCUCUAGUAAUUGAACGCUGCGGUAAAGGUCUAACUGACUGGAUGGAUCAACAGAAAGCAUGGAAGAAACAAAAAGACUUCAUCUACAGACGCCGCACUGAUCUGGUAUGGAAUUUGCGUACAUUUUAUUUUUCUAUAUAG